GCAUGCGCCCCUAAUUAAUGAUGAGGUAACAGAUGACUCUGUUACAUCUUGCUGGAAGUAUGAUCAUCUCUGAACGAACAAAUAGACUUCUGGUCAGCAACAUUGAGGACAGCCCCAUUCAGUGUGCCAUCUUGACUGGGUUGGAAAUUGCUAUCAUGGAUACCGACAAUGAAAAUUUAUGCUCUUACGGGAGCGAAGAAAAGACAGGCCCAGGUCCAUGUAUUGACCAAGAAUAGCUCAAAUGUAGGUAGCCUAGCUACGUUCCAAU